AUCUCUGCAAUUCACUUCUCUCCAAUGGCGACCACAUAUACCACCACCUCCUUCACUUUCAAAACCCUAAUCUCCUCCUCCCACCCAAACCCUAGGUCCACUGUCCAACUCGCUUUUCCCCUCCGAUUCAACUCAAUCUCUCGCCCGCGACUCACCUCCCGCUCUGGCGCCGUACGUCCGAUUCGAGCCGCCGUUAGCGAUGGCGAGUACUCAUCGAAGCGGAGCAGCAGCAAUGAACCUAGAGAAACGAUUAUGUUACCCGGCUGUGACUAUAACCACUGGCUCAUUGUCAUGGAGUUCCCCAAAGACCCGGCUCCCACGAGAGAGCAGAUGAUCGAUACGUAUCUCAACACGCUCGCUACUGUACUGGGAAGCAUGGAAGAAGCAAAGAAGAAUAUGUAUGCUUUUAGCACCACCACAUAUACUGGGUUCCAAUGCACUGUGUCUGAAGAAACAUCUGAAAAAUUCAAGGGGUUGCCUGGCGUUCUUUGGGUGCUGCCAGAUUCAUACAUAGAUGUUAAGAAUAAGGAUUAUGGAGGUGAUAAAUACAUAAAUGGGGAGAUCAUUCCUUGCACAUACCCUACUUACCAGCCAAAACAACGAAGAGAAUCAAAAUAUGAGAGCAGAAGAUAUGAAAGACGAAGAGAUGGCCCUCCUGCUGAAAAAAGACGACCACGACAAGAAGCAAGCCGCUCAGAAUCAAAUUCUGGAUGAGUUCAUUAAUAUUUUUCUCUAGAGGUGGCUGUUACACUGAUCUACAAUGGAUAAUGGUUAGUUACAUAUGAGGACAUUUGUCAGUGGAUACUCAAAUCCGUCCUUAGAUUUUUGUAGAGUUCAGGUUAUAUGGUUGUCGUGCGAUGGAAAAUGUUCUGUUAGCCUGUAAGAACUUUGAUGGAAGAUAACACUUGAGGAAUAUUUAGUUAAUCCAAAUCUACCUCUUUAAUGGUAUCUCAUUUGUGUGAUCAAACUAUUCCUGUGUAGUUUAGCUUUGGAAGUAUGAUAUUUAGAUGUAUGGAUUGAACUAAUUGUGGAAUUUGAUAGGCACCUGCACUUUCAUGCUUC